AUGUUUUCCAACGCUACAAAGGCCGUUAUCGGUCUGGCCCUCGUCCAGUCGGUCUCCGCGAAACUCUCGGUGGCCUUCACCACCUAUGGAGGACCAGACUGCACCACUUUCUACGGGACUUCGACCCUGGUGGCGGGCUACUGUGUCAACUUUGAAAACUUCCCCGAAAAGAGCUAUGGAGCCUCCGCCACUUCGGGCGCGUGUGACGAUGCCUCCAAAACCCCCGUCCUCAAGGUGUUUGCCGACCCCAACUGCGAGACUGGGCUCGUCAACACUGUUCCCGUGGGUGCUGAGCCAAUCUGUAUCAGCGCGGAUGUUACCCUUCAAAGUGCCAAUGUGGCUUGUGUUUAA